AUUGUCAUUCCAGCUGAAUCAAAAACAUUUCGAUUAUUUCGCAUUUCGCUACGUUAGGAAAAAGCCAUUGCGUGAGAUUAAUCGCAAAUGUGCGAUUUAUUUUUAGUUUUCGCAAAGAAUCUAGAGUACAUAGAGCAAUGAUAAAUGUGAAAGUAUCUGAAGAUUAGACGGAAAAACACGUCAAACAUCAAAACCUCGAUUUCUUCCUCAGAAAAUUUAAAGCAAAGACUUCUUGCUUUGCAUCUGCUUACAUACCUUCUUGCGAAAUUGUGAAGUUCAGACGACCAAAAUGGGAACAACUGUCGAGUUAUUUCAGAGGUCAUCUUAUGCAAUCGCCCGAGGAUUGUACGACAGUUCCAUGGGAUUUCUGACUUUGGCCAACUUGGACAAGAAAAUCCAGGAGCGCGAGCUGCAAACGCCAGUUCGCAGGCAAACGAACAAAAAGGACGCAAAACCAGCCGAACGUCCAAAAGUUUUAGAAAGAACUCUUCAGUGUUGUCUACUGAACGGCGGAGUUUUUCUGGCCAGCAUCUUGGUUUUCGACUACAUUUUGCUGCCGUCAAUGAAAAGAGUCCUCUUUCUACUGGGCACAGACCAGUAUAUGUGGUCCUGGACCAAGUCCUUGCUGUCAUGGACUUUUGGUGCCGUUUGGGUCUUGCCAAUUUUUCUUCUGAGCAAAAUGAUCAACGCGCUGUGGUUUCAGGACAUUGCUGACUCGGCCUACCGUUACUCUCGAGGUCGACCUGUGAUGAUGGCGAGCAUCAGCAAAACCAUUGCGGACUUCCUCUUCAGCUUGCUGGUGCAGUCUCUGUUCCUCUUGCAGGCCAUGCUGGUCAGCACACUGCCCUUGUACCCGAUGGGGGAGAUCCUCAGCAUGGUCCACAUGAGCCUCUUGUACUCUCUGUACGCCUUCGAGUACAAAUGGUUCAACAUGGGCUGGGAGCUGCACAAGAGGCUCACAUUCAUCGAAACGCAGUGGCCUUACUUCCUCGGCUUUGGCCUGCCACUCACCAUUGUCACGUCCAUAUCAGCCUCUUAUAUCAUCAAUGGCUGUCUCUUCUCAAUACUUUUUCCAUGGUUCAUCGUCAGCGCCAAUGAAGCUCAAGUUGUUUCCAACUCUUGUGAAUACCCCUUGCAACUAUUCAUGCCCGUAAUUGCGGUUUCGAACGUCGUGUUCAACAAAACGAUUGGAACCGGAGUGAACGCAUCCGCCGGUAACUUGGCAGUCCCGAGAAAACAAAAGACACAAGGCUGAUCAACAGAUUGAUCGAAUGAUGGUGUUGAGAUAAGUUAAUAUGAUAAGAAAAGCAUUGCUUUUUGAUACGACUCGGAAGCGACUAUGACAAAAAGUGACUCCUGAAAAUAAUUUUUGAUUGCCACAAGACUGACUCACUAUAUUUUAUUGCUUAUUUUCAGGGUCACACAAGUUUUUAUUGAAGUUUUUCAACAGAAUUUUUGAUUAUUCACCCAUGGGCUGUGAUUGAUUUGUAAUUAAAACAAGAAUAGCCACAAAUUUCAAUAGAAUUAGCUGGAUAAUGUAUAAAAAAAUUUAAAAUCAAUUCAAUCGUGUUGGGAAAGGAAAUUUGAAUUAUUGUAAUUUAAUUUGUAUAAAAUAUACAAGUGAUUUAUUCAUCAAAUUGAUUUCUAGUUGCUGAUAUAUUACUUAAUUCAAAAUUAAUUGAUAGACACACAUUUGCACAAAUGUUCCGCUUGCACUCAUUAUUGUGAAAAUCUUCCAAGGUUCUUCAUUUGUCUGUGUUGUGUAACAAUAAUUAUGGAAAAAGUUAAAUUAAAAUCUAACACUGAGGAAUAAUGUCAUAGUUUAAUUAAUUAUAUUUUGUCCUUUAUUACAUGAGCUGUAUUUUAAAAUAUAACCAAUUCGUUUUGUUGA